AGCAUUCAAGAGAUUUGGAGAAAGACGAAGAAGAAACAUAAGAAGAAGGCGAAGGGUAGACAAGUAUUACUUGUAAAUAUUACUGAAGAUUUACUUAUAACCCCCUGAAGAAAUGCACAAUUUUUGUCAACAUUUUUGCUCUAUAUAUGUCAACUAAACAUUGGACAUCUACUGAUCUCUUUCAUAUAAAAACAAAUGGAUAAAAAGAAGCUUGACUUUUACUUCUCCCUACUUGAAUCAAGUGUCCUUUGUUAUCAGCAUCCGAUAACUGGAUUAAUCCCCUCAUCACCGAAUAGUACACAUGCAUGGGUACGCGAUAAUACCUAUGCUUCAUUAUCUAUCUGGGGUCUUUCAUUAGCCUAUCGAAAAUUGCCCGAUGUUGAUGAAGAUCGUUGUCGUAGUUAUGAGUUGGAAAAGUGUGUUGUCAAAUUAAUGCGUGGCAUUCUAAUCUGUUAUAUGAAACAAUCGAAUAAAGUCGAAUUGUUGAAAAAAACUCAAAAUCCUUUACAUUCACUACAUGCAAAAUUUGAUAGUACAUCGUAUAAAACAGUUGUUGGUGAUACUGAAUGGGGUCAUCUACAAAUUGAUGCUAUUUCAUUAUUUCUCCUCAUCUUAGCACAAAUGACAGCAGCUGGUUUAAGAAUUAUUUGGACCCUUGAAGAAGUCGCAUUUAUACAGAAUUUGGUAUUUUGUAUUGAACAUGCUUAUCGUAUACCUGAUUAUGGAAUUUGGGAACGUGGAGAUAAAACCAAUCAUGGAUUACCAGAAUUGAAUACAACGUCAGUGGGAAUGGCUAAAGCAGCUUUAGAAGCUCUUACAGAUUUAGAUUUAUUCGGCGCUGAUGGAAGUUAUCAAUCGACAAUUCGUGUUUCAUUAGAUGAAUGUGAACAGUGUAAUAUAGCUAUUAAAAGUAUGCUGCCAAGAGAAUCAAAUUCUAAAGAAACUGAUGCUGGAUUAUUAAGUAUCCUAACAUAUCCUGGAUUUGCUGUCACAGAUGAUGAAUUAAUUGAAUGUACUCGGAGUGCAAUUAUUCGAAAGUUAUUAGGCAGAUAUGGUUGUCGACGAUUUCUACGUGAUGGAUAUCGUACAGCUAGAGAAGAUGUAAAUCGUUUAUAUUAUGAACCAUGGGAAUUACGUAUGUUCGAUGGGAUUGAAUGUGAAUGGCCAAUGUUUUUCGCCUGGUUAGUGAUUGAUGCAAGUUUUCGUGAAGAUUUCGACGAUGCAGAUCGUUAUAUGCAAAUGCUUCAAGAAGUUGUUAUACCAGAGUGUGCACAUUCACAAACAAGUAAAAGUAGCAGUAGAAGUACAAGUCGUCGAGCAAGUGAAAUAGCUCCUCAAAUGCCGAAUAGAACGUGUUAUUUUGUCCCAGAAUCAUAUUCUGUACCUAUAGAAUCUAUUGAAGCUGAGAUCGCCCAUCCACAUACACAAACACGUCUCCCAGUCGGUGCAUUACCACAUAUAUGGGGUCAAUCCUUGUAUAUUCUAGCAAGUAUCAUUUAUGAAGGUUUAUUGUUACCAGGGGAAAUUGAUCCACUUGGAAGACAUAUGGUUGCUGAACCAAAACCUGAUCUUUCUGUACAAGUUGUACUUGUUGCAGAGGAUAAUGAUAUUAAACACCAGUUAAUGGAAUAUCAAGUUGAUGUACAAACAUUUGAAGAAAUUUACGAUGAAGCUGGUAUUAAUAUAUAUCCGGCAAAAAUUCUUGGUCAACUUUAUAAACAUUUAGGUGCAUGUGAAAAGCUGUCAUUAAGUGGACGAUCCACUGGUGAAGUUGGCAUAUUUUCAACGAGUCAAUUUUAUCGAUUAGGUGAUGAAACAUUAGCAUUUCUGCCUCAGUUCUUCGAUCAUCAAGCGUUUUAUUUAAAUUUAGAUGUGGAAUUUCUUUUAGACUGUUUUCGUACAUGUGUUGGGUAUUUGAAACAUGCAUGGACUAGUCCUGGACGUCCAUUACUCUUAUUUCCAAUAUAUCGUCGAUAUUUUCGUUCAGGUCGAACAAGUAUGCCACCUGCAUUAUCUGCAGCAAUUAAGAAAAUGGCUACAGGUUAUAUGAAUGCGACACGUGUUACAGUCGGUACACUCAAAGAUUUUGAAGAGACAUCGUGUUUAAGACAGAUCGACUUCAGUGAAUCAGCUCAAGCUUUACUUCAACGAGCUAGAGAAGUGAAUUCUGACAAGUCAUCACGACGUCGGCUAGCUUCAAGUAUACGUCCGGAUGGAUUAACACCAUAUGGAUCAGAUGAGAAUUCAUUGAAUUUUCUAUCAAUGAGUGGUGGCGGCGUUGGCGGUGGAGGUAGAGGUGACGGUAGUAUUGGCGAUUAUCCAAGUCCAAUGUUUACUGGUGCUUCAUCGCCUGUCAUAUCUGAACAAGAUAGUUUUGAACGGCAUAGUAUGCGUCGGAAAUCUAUGGCAUUAGCACAUGCUGUUUCAUUGGAUUUAUUUAAUCGUGAUACAGUGGAAUGGACCAAUGAUUCACAAGCGGAGGCGAAUAAUUGGCCGUCUGAAAUCGAUGAUUCAACAGAUGCACAAACAGAUGAUGAUGAUGGAAACUGUCGUCUAUUACCCGCUAAAAAUGAAGAUUUAACGUCGAAUGCAUCACGUUUAGCGUUAAAACGGAUUAUAAAUCCAGAGAAUAGUCCAUCUAUUGCAUCAACGUUGAAUCAACAUCCUACAAUCAAAUAUUCACAAGAUCGACAACAAUCACAACAACAACAGCAACAGCAACAACAGUUAGACGUAAAUUAUACACCUACAAGUCAACAACACCAACGUUCAAGUUCAUCUUGUCUGUCUUCAGAUCAAAUAACACCGACAAAUAGUCCACCACAUUCCGGUACACAUAGUCGACGGACAUCAGAUGGUAAAUCAAGCCUGUGCGGUGGUAGUAGUGGUAUAGAAUAUACAGAUUGGUUAAAUUCCUCAACACCGGAACAGUUAGUUAAACGAUUAAGAUGUACAGAUAAUUUAGCUGAACAAGUUGAACUCCUUGGUCGACUACAUCAAUUACAAGGAUUGGAUUGGAAUACUGGGAUAGACCCGACACAACCAGCUACUGUUAGAUCUCUACUAAAAGAGGUGUAUGAACGAGCCACUCAAACAACAUCAUGGUUUCUGUUACGGUAUACAGCUGGUCUACUGGGGAAACGUGCUGAUACCUUAGCUAAAUCAUUGGCUGAUAUUUUAGUUCUGCAAAAACAAGUAACAGUUGGUCUACCGCCAGAACCACGUGAAAAGGUAAUUGAUGCACCAUUGUCACCUGACCAAUUGUGUGAAUUAAUCCAAGAAGCUUGUGGUGAAGACAGUCUGAUGACAAUACUUACACAGGAAAUCUUGAUUUACUUGUCAAUGUUUGCACGUACACAACCUCAACAAUUGGCAAAUAUUUUACGUCUGCGUAUUGGUCUGAUCAUACAAAUGAUGGCGGCUGAAUUAGCCCGUGGAAUGGGUUUAACCGUUGAAGACUCCUUGUAUGCGCUGUUUUCAAUGCGUCCUAUUGAUAAUAAACGUCUGUUGCAUAAUCUACUGAAUGGUGAAGAUAUACGUAUGGUUAAGACAAAUAGGAAUAAUGCUCGCAAAUCCACUCAUUUGUCACCGAUUAAAUCAUCCGCCAGUAGUACAAUGACAAAUCAAGACACCAUACAAUCCACUUUGGAUACAAUAUCUGGUUCUGUAAGAAAAAAAUCAAUCUCUAAUCGUCAGCAUAUAAUCACAUCACGUAAACAAUCUAUUGCUGCUGCCGGGAUGACAAUUGAAGAGGCAACAGCGGCAGUGGCAGCAGCAGGAGCAGCAGUAGACGAUGAUGCCUCUCAAUCUGAUCUGCGUAAUCUAUGGAGUCGUCGACGUAAAAUUGACGGUGCAUUGAAUCGUGUCCCGCCAGGAUUUUAUAAACGUGUCUAUACUAUAUUAAGUCAUGUUCAAGGCUUAGCGAUUGGUGAUCAAGUACUUAGUCAUAAUUUAACAAAAGAAAUGACAAUUGGUGAGCAUAAAUUUGCACUGGCUGUAGAACGUGUCUGUACAAUGGUUAGUACACCAGAAUAUCGUCAAUUAAUAAUUGAAGCAAUUCAUGUACUCGGCUCCUUGAUGAUGUAUGAUAUUGACAAUUCACUUUACUUAGAUUGUAUUGUUAAGGUGGAAGACAUCAUUGAAAGAGCAAAUCAUUUAUUUUUAAUUGAUCAAAUGAAAUAUGGUGCAAACGCUACAUUAUGCUGUGCAAGAUCACUAGUCACUACGGACGUGUCAUCACCAUCUCCGACAACACCAGCACCGGCACCGGCACCAGCAACAUUAGGUCGUCGACAAAGUCAUCUAAUGUGUCAUGGAAUGCAUAAUAUAUGCCAACAUUUUUAUGAUACACCACCAGCUGGUAAAUUCGGUACAAUGUCUUAUAUGGUACGUGGUGUUUCCCAACUGCUCACUUGUAAUAAAUGCUGGAGUCCAGAGAAACGCUUGGCAAUUAGUUGUAAUGUUCAGUAAUACUAGCUAGCCUACAAGUACUCAAUUGAUUCGAUUCGAUUCGAUUUUCUCUCCCUUACUUAAAUAUCUAAAUACUUUCAAUUUUUGCGUAUAUUUAUUUGCAUAUAAAAUUGCCUCUUCAGUUAUUAUAUAUUACAUAACACAUUAAAGCUUCAAUGCCGCAAUGUAUGUACACACGAAAUCCCCUUAUGAUUUUGCUCACCCCUUUUUCUUCUUAUCAUGAGUACAGGUAAAGAGGCUUUAACUAGUCACAACUAUCCCUUUAUCCUUUCAUCACUGACGGUUAGUAGUUAUCCCUCAUUAGGCCUCUCCUCUAUCUCCUGAAAAACCCAUAAUCUCAAUCAUGCCUUUAAUAUGAAUGUGGCUUGGUGUAUGGUUGGUUGGCUGUGGCUGUGGCUUAUACGCGCUGA